GGCCAUCACAUAUCACCAGUGUGUGACGAUGAGCGUCGGGAGGUCGGUGUAUUCGAUCAGAUCUGGAUAUUUACUGACAGGAUGGCGACGUUUUCCCGUGAGCAGGCCCGUCAGCAGUAGUAGAUCCGUGUUAGGUCGUAGACUCUGCAGCAGUGUCACAGGAACGAACAGUCCAGAGAAGAUGGCAGCCAAUAUUCCUGAUCCCGAUGUGAUGUUCAGGUCUGAUGAGGAGAAGACAUUCCAAUACCAGGAUAGCCUCCCUUCACUUCCUGUCCCAGACCUCAAACACACACUCAAGAAAUACCUUGAUUCAGUGAAGCCCCAUGUGACACCUGACGAGUACACACGUACCGAGUCCAUUGUCCGCCAGUUUGAAUCCGGAGUAGGCCAGGAACUUCAACAGAAACUAAUAACCAAGGCUAAAUACUCCAGAAACUGGCUGGAGAAAUGGUGGGAGGAUGUGGCGUAUUUUGAGGGGCGUUAUCCCAUGGCCCCUCUCAUUAACCUUGCUGGACUGUUUCCCUAUUCGUACCACUGUUACCCUGCCAAGCCUGGCACACAGGUAGAACGGGCUGGCAUGAUCCUUCACUACACGCUGAAGUUCUGGGAAAUCAUUAGAAAAGAGAAGCUGAGAGCGGAGAAGGACAACAAAGGGAACCAACUCUGUAUGUCGCAGUUCAGGAAGGCAUUUAACACCUGUCGGGUACCUGGGAUAAACAAGGAUAAACUCUUGUCUUACUUCCUGACAGAGUCAGAAGGGAUCUCGCCCGGACAUAUCUCAGUGAUGUGUAGGGGGCGUAUAUAUGUGUUUGACGGGCAGGAUGCGAAUGGUGAAAUUCUGACUCCACCUGAAAUUCAGUCCCAACUACAAAGGAUCAGAGACAUCUGUGAUUUUCAGCCAGAAGGAUUAGGAAUAGGAGCUGUAACAGGGGAUGAGCGCACACAAUGGGCACAGACGAGAAAUCAGCUAAUCGCUCUUGAUCCCAAAAACUACGCCAAUCUGGAACUUAUCCAAUCAAGUAUCAUCAAUGUUGUCCUUGAUGACAGCCAACCGAAGGACAACUCUGAAAUGUUCCAGGUCACACUCGCAGGCAACCCUGUCAAUCGCUGGUUUGACAAGAGUAACACGUUUGUAUUCUAUGCAAAUGGCCUCGGAGCAGCAAACUGUGAUCAUGCCCCCUGUGAUGGUAUGAUGUUUGUCACCAUGCUGCUGUAUACCGACCUUAACCUCAUGCGUUGUAAAGGGCAAUGGAAGGGAACUAGGGAGAUUCGAGAACAGACACAUCCUGUGGAGCUAGAAUUCAACGUAAACCAAGAUAUUGUGGCAGCUAUAGAGCGGGCAAAACAGGUCUUUAAGACAUCAGCUGACAACCUGUUCUGUAUCACCCGUGAAUACACACGAUAUGGUAAAACAUUCCUGAGGUCAAAGAACCUUCAUCCCAGCACUCACAUGCAGAUGGCACUUCAGUACACCUACUAUAAGAUGUACAAAAAACCAGCUCCUACAUAUGAGACAGCAACAAUCCGACGUUUCUACCAUGCACGGACAGAGACAUUGAGGUCCUGUACACAGGAGGCACUGGACUGGAGCAAAGCGAUGCUUGACCCUGCAGUGACGGACGAGAUGCGAUUGCAGCUGUACAUGGUCGCGGCUAACAAGCACAACCUCCUUAUGGCUGAAGCUACUAACCUAAAAGGUUGUGACCGUCACCUGCUGGGUUUAUCCUGUUUGGCCAAAGAAGAGUCUCUCCCAGUACCAGACCUCUAUCAGGACCCUGCUUUCACCAAAAGUGGAGGCGGUGGUAACUUUGUUCUGUCCACAAGCUUUGCGGGAUACACAGCGUCAUCGGGAGCUGUGGCCCCCAUGUUGGAACAUGGAUAUGGGAUUUUCUACAGGAUUGAACCUCAGCGAAUAGUGCCCAUCAUUUCAAAGUGGAAGUCCAGCCCUGAUACGGAUGCUGUUACGUUCUGCGAGAUGCUGUUCCAAAGUCUGGAUGAGAUGGGAGACAUGUUACCUGCAUCUCAGGCGAGACUGUAGCACAAACAGCAGGAGUGGGAUGUGUAAACAGACAAAAAUAGAAACAUUCCUAACGAGAAAAAGACAUAGUAGCUGAUUUCUAACAGUUGUAUUGCUGAGAGCUUCUGCAGAGCUUAGCAACAGCUUCCCACAGUUGUAACAGUGUUUCUAUUGAGCAUUUAUUCACUCAGGUCAUAUAUGAUGUACAAGUAGGAUGCGUGGCUUUGUGAUGGUUGACAAAAAACUGUUCAAGAAAAAUGAUUUGUGAUAAAUAAAAUAUUGUCUGAUUUUAUGUUAUAAAUUUACUUGAAAUUGAUGGGAUAUCAUUUUACUAUUAAGCACUCUAAUAAUGAACAUGAACUGAAACAGUCAAACCUUUAUAAAGAGAGCAUCCUCUUUAAGUAAAAAAACAGUCUCUUAAUGGGGGUGGUCUCUUAACACAGGUUAAAAUCACCAUAAUAUUACUGCAAUGAGAAAGAUUGCAAUAGUCUGAAAACUUAUUCACCCCUGAAAUUGCAUAAUGAACUAUUCCAACCUUUGAAUUGGAAGAGUUUAAAUGUGUCUUCAGGGGUGAAUGAGUUAAUGGAGGUAGCUGCAUAAGCAGGUUUGAAUUUUACCUUUAGUUAAUAAAAUUUUAAGAUUAUAUCCAUCCAAUAGCUCACACACAUAAGGUUAUGAUAUAACAAAUUAAAUAAUCAGUAAUGCUGCAACGUAUACAAUUUUAAUUUCCAUAAAUCUUAUUCGCACAGAUAGAACAGUAUACUGAGGGCCUUUGCUGGUUCUCUAUAUACUGUGAAAUCAAUGUUUUUUGUGGAGUUUUUAUUACUUUGAUUUCGUGGGUAAUAUUCAUCCAUGAAUUCAUAAGUCCACAAAGUAAUCACAAGUUUGACAUGCAAUUCUCCAUUUGAGUGGGAACUAAUGUUAAAUCAAUUAGUGGACUAACGAUUAAUGUUUUAGUGCCAAGAUUAAUGUUUUUGUGCCAAGAAGAUGUUAACUCAGCAUGUUUAUGUCAUGUAACUUGGACCCAUAUUCAUGAAACCGUUCUCACGCUCAAACUCGUAUUCUGUACUCAAGUGCAAUUUCCUGUUCCCAAAAACAAUUCAUAAAAAUUCACAUUUUGACAGUGAACUGGAAGAAUAAUGGAGAUUAAAAGCCAAAAAACUGUUUACAUUUGACCUUUCACUGUACUACAUGAUUUAAGCAAGUAACGAGAAAGUUGGCUCAGGUAAAAAUCAAUGUUUGAGCAUAAUUACAGUUUCAUGAACACAGGGCCAGAUCUUUUCGCAGAAUUAUUUGUGAACUUGAUUGAAUCUUUAAAUGUAUCCUAUCUCACUGAAUGGUAGUAUGCUUUAAGUAAUUUACGUUAUUUUCUACAAUUUGUCAUUUAACUUCUAUUGCACAUGUCGUUAUUAGUGAUAUUUUAUGAUAUAUCUUUAUAAUCAACUUUGUACUUGGACUCUCAGGUCCAUGGAAUUAAAAUAAACAAGUUAGUGAUCAUGAAUUCCUACAAAUCUCUUUGUUUUUUGGGACAUUAUGACAGCGUAACAUGUUUAAGGAGAGAGAGAGAGAGAGAGAGAGAGAGAGAGAGAGAGAGCAGCAAGUAAGGUUUAUAGGUAAUGGUGUCCUUACUGUUGGUAUCAUAUUUAUUCAAGGAAUAAAAUGUGCGCACUUUGCAUAAAUCUGUGAAUUUCUUUAUGCACAAAAGUGAACACAUUUUUUUCGGGAUAUGCUGUAUAAUGCCACAAAUAAUCAUGGCUAUCCAUUGUAAUUUAAUUUAAAAAGUCAGACAACACUUUUUACUUCAUAGUUAAUGAAUAUUCAUUCAUUUCUGAUAAAAAAAUAAUAAUAUUAAUUUUGCACGAACCACAACAUUGUACAGUAAAUUUCAUCGCCAAGCAACUUCAACCAAUCAGAAUGUAUAAUUAAAAAUAACGCUCCAAACAAAUUGGUAUACGACGUCAUCACUUUUCAGGUUGUCUGUUUUUUAGGUUAUAACAAACCUGAAAAAGUCUAGCAUUGGGGGAAUAGCCAAAAUGAAAUUAUUUAACAUACCACAAAACAGGUCUAUGAAAUAGACCCAAACAAAUUGAAUUUAGGCCCCCUUUUCCAAAAUAGAAAAAUCACACACAAAAAGUUGUAAAACAAUUACAUGUACAUUAAUUUUGUGUUCCAUUUCAAAAUUCAUCAACCAAUGAGUUUGUAGUUUCAAAAUGAUUUAGCAGUUAAGCUGUUAAGGCUGGUAAGAAUUCUAAGGAGUGUUGUAUUUUGUAAAAUUUUACCUGAUCUGCCCGAACGGCAUGUGACUCUGCGUCAUGAUGCAACAGACAUGAUAUUGAUUCAUCCAUUGUCAACUUCUCCUCAAAAAUGCUACUUCUCCAGAACAGCUGGGUGAAUUUUCAUUAAUAUUAGUCUGGAACACCGUUGUACAAAUGGAGAGAAUUGGCUAAGUUUAAUGAUGAUGAGCAAAAUCAGUGCAUAAUUAAUUAGCAUACUGUGCUCUGAUUGGUCAACAGCCACACUGACAUUUCUGCAAGAUAAAUAAUUUAAAAAUUGUCUUGAUGAAAGUUGGUAAGCAUGUACUCUACACAAAGACUUAAAAGGCUAAGUUUGAAGUUGUGCAAAAUUGGUGCAAAAUUGAUAAGUAUACUGUGCUCGGAUUGGGUAGCAGUUCCUGCACAAUAACUUGGUUUAUUAUGUUUGGAUCUACGAUAAUC